CUGGUUGCUAUUGAAAAGCCUGAUGCCAUGCUGAUUCCUGAUCCUUAAGCCGCCUCUGAGGUCCCAUAUGGCUCCUCCAGUCUGGACUCUGGUGCUGCUGGUGGGGGCCGCCUGGGGCCAGGGCCACAUGCCUGCCCCUGUCCGGAAGGGGAAGCCUUCAGAAUGGAAGCCAGUUGCUCGCAACUCUAGGGAUAACUCUGUUCUCACUCAGUGUGACUUUGAGGAUAAUUCCAACCCCCUCUGUGAUUGGACCCAAGGGUCCACAGAUGACGGGGACUGGACUCGAGCCAGUGGACCAUCCCCCACCGGCAGUACAGGUCCCCCCGGGGACUACCCCAACGGAGAGGGCUACUACCUGCACAUGGCAUCAAGCACCUUCCACCGGGGCGGGGUGGCCCGCCUACGCAGCCCCCCCAUAUGGGAGCAAGGCCCCCUCUGCGUGCACUUCGCCUACCACCUGUUUGGGCUUUCGUGGGGCGCCGAGCUCAAACUACUGCUGCUCAGGGACACCAAGAAGAAGCGCCCCAGCCUGCUCUGGAAACACACUAACACCCAGAGCCCCUCCUGGAUUCCCACCGCUGUCACCGUGCCUAUGGGCCUUGCCCUGCCCAGUCAGGUGAUGUUUGAAGGAGUGAGGGGCAGCACGGCUUACCUGGACAUCGCUCUGGAUGCCAUCUCCAUCCAUAGGGGCUCCUGCAAUCGGAUCUGCAUGAUGCAAAUGUGCAGCUUUGACAUUCCAAAUGAUCUCUGUGGCUGGAGCUGGAUCCCGACAGCCUCUGGGGCCAAGUGGGUCCAGAAGAAGGGGUCGUCCGGGGUGCUGAAAGUGGGGCCCGAGGACGAUUUCUCUAGCCCUGGUGGUGGCUUCUACAUGCUCCUGGACCCCAAGAAUGCAAAACCGCGGCAGAAAUCUGUCCUCCUGAGCCCCCUGAGCCAGUCCUCUGGCUGUUUGAGCCUCUCCUUCCACUACAUCCUCUAUGGCCAGUCACCUGGUGCAGCCCUCACCGUCUAUGCUUCUGUCUUGGGCAGCAUCAGGAAACACACUCUCUUCUCAGGACAACCUGGACCCAACUGGCAGCCUGUCACUGUCAAUUACACAGCCCAGGGAGAAAUUCAGUUCACUGUGGUGGGUGUGUUUGGAGAGACCCCAGAGCCAGCUGUGGCAGUGGAUGCGAUCAGCAUUGCUCCCUGUGGGGAGAGCUUUCCUCAGUGUGACUUUGACGACGAUGCCCAUCCCUUCUGUGACUGGGCCCAGGCAUCAGGGGAUGGUGGACACUGGACCCGGGGAAGUAAAAAUAUGCACAUGCAGGGUACAGGCGCUUUUGGAGGUUCCCUUAAUGGAGAAGGUCGCUAUAUCUAUGUCGAGGCUGACAAGUUCUCUGAGGCAGGCCAGUCUUGCAGGCUGGUGAGCCGGCCCUUCUGUGCCCCGAGUGCGAUCUGUGUGGAGUUUGCUUACCACAUGUACGGCCUAGGAGAGGGCGCUAAACUCAGUCUCCUGCUGGAGAGUCCCGCAGGCAGUUUCCCGACUUCUCUCUGGCACCGCGUUGGGUCUCAGAGCCCCGACUGGCUGAACACCUCCGUCACUAUCCCUUCGGGGCAUCAACAGCCCAUGCAGCUGAUAUUGGAGGCCAUCAGAGGGACCAACACUGCCUUUGUUGUCGCCGUGGGUUUUAUCUUGAUCAAUCACGGGACUUGUAGAGGAACUAUGCCAACAGUGCUUCCUUCCAAAUCUCCAGUUCCCCCCACUGGCCCUUCUGAAACCCUUGUCUCCACAGAAAAACCUAGGACUCCCACAGAAAAACCUACAGUCCCCAAAGAAAAACCUAUGACCACCACAGAAAAACCCACUGUCCCCAGUGAAAUAUCCACUGUCCCCACAGAAAAACCCAUGGCCCCCACAGGAAUACCUAUGAACCUCCCCAAAAUAUCUAUUCCCCCCACAAAAAAAACUACGGCCCCCACAGAAAAACCCACUGUCCUCACAGAAAAAACCAUGGUUGUCACAGAAAAACCCAUUGUCCCCAGUGAAAUAUCCACUGUCCCCACAGAAAAACCCAUGGCCCCCACAGAAAAACCCAUGGCCCCCACAGAAAAACCCAUGACCCCCACAGAAAAACCUAUGACACCCCAAAUAAAACCUAUGGCCCUCACAGAAAAACCCAGUGUCACCACAGUAAAGCCCAUAGUCCCAACAGAAAAGCCCACUAUUCCCACUAAAAAACCCACUGUCCCCACUGAAGAGACCACUAUCCCCUCUGAAGAGACCAUUGUGCCCUCUAAAGAGACCACUGUCCUUCCCAAAGAGCCCACCGUCUCCACUGGAAAACCUACCAUCCCCACUAAAAAGUCCACUAUACCCCCUGAAAAGCCCAAUAUCUCCACAGAAAAGCCCACUGUCCACACAGAAAGACCUACUGUCCACACUGAAAGGACCACCAUCCACACUGAAAGGUCCACUGUCCCCACAGAAAAACCCACUAUGCCCACUGAAAGGCCCACCAUUCCCACAGAAAAAUCUAUCCUUCCCACAGAGAAACCCACCACCCCUACUGAAAAGACCACCAUCUCCACAGAAAAACCUACCCUUCCUAAAGAAAUACCCACCGUCCCCACUGAAAGGCCCACAGUGCCCACAGAAAAACCCACUGUCCCCACUGAAAGUUCCACCAUCCCCACAGAAAAAUCUACCCUUCCCACAGAAAAACCCACCAUCCACACAGAAAAACCUUCCCUUCCCACAGAGAAACCCACCACCCCUACUGAAAAGACCACCAUCCCCACAGAAAAACCUACCCUUCCUAAAGAAAAACCCACCAUCCCCACUGAAAGGCCCACAGUUCCUACAGAAAAACCCACUGUCUCCAUUGAAAGGCCCACCAUCCCCACAGAAAAACCUAUCCUUCCCACAGAAAAACCUACCCUUCCCACAGAAAAACCCACCCUUCCCACAGAAAAACCCACCAUCCCCACUGAAAGGUCUACAGUUCCCACAGAAAAACCCACUGUCCCCACUGAAAGGCCCACCAUCCCCACAGAAAAACCCACCAUCCACACAGAAAAACCUACACUUCCCACAGAAAAACCCACCAUCCUUACUGAAAGGCCUACCAUCCCCACUGAAAAACCCCCUGUCCCCACUGAAAGGCCUACCACCCCUACCGAAAAGACCACCAUCCCCGCAGAAAAAUCCACUGUCCUCACUGAAAAGACCACUGUCCCUACUGGAAGGCCUACCGUCCCCACAGAAAAAACCACCAUCCUUACUGAAAAACCCACUGUCCCUACAAAAAACCCCACCAUCCCCACAAAAAUAUCUACUUUUGCCACUGAAUGGCACACAGUUCCUACAAUACCCCAGCCCAGCCCAACACUUGUACCCAUCGGGCCAACAGUCUUGGUGAUGCCUUCCACUGCUCCAAGUACCUCCACGACCGCUACAACCCCUGGACGCACUCCAGCGAGGUGUCCCCCAAAUGCCCACUAUGAGCGCUGCACCUGCCCAGCAUCCUGUGAGAGACCCAAGCCCAACUGUGGGCCCCCCUGCAAACCUGGCUGUGUCUGCAAUUCUGGCUUCUUGUUUCGGGGAUCCCUCUGCAUCAAUGCCUCGUCCUGCAAUUGCUUCUAUAACAACAAUUACUAUAAGCCUGGGGCAGAGUGGUUCAGCUCCAACUGCACAGAACGUUGCCGCUGCAGGCCUGGCAGUCGGAUGGAGUGCCAGAUCUCUCAGUGUGGGACUCACACGGUGUGCCAGCUGAAGAACGGCCACUACGGAUGCCAACCCUACGCAGGCACCGCCACCUGCGCCGUCUACGGAGACCCGCACUAUCUCACCUUUGAUGGAAGACACUUCAACUUCAUGGGCAAAUGCACCUACGUCUUGGCCCAACCUUGUGGCAACUCGACAGAGCCAUUCUUCAGGGUGGCGGCAAAGAAUGCAGAUCGAGGACAGGAAGGCAUGUCCUGCCUGAGCAAAGUCUACGUGACCCUGCAUGAGAUCACCAUCACCCUGCUCAGGGACAGGCGCACGCUGGUUGGGGGGAAGCAAGUCUCUCUCCCAGCGGUACCUUCUAAAGGAAUCUUCCUGGCUUCAAGUGGGCGGUUUGUGGAGCUGCAGACGGCGUUUGGUUUGCGGGUGAGAUGGGAUGGCAACCAGCAGCUGUAUAUAAGUGUGCCCAGCACCUACUCUAGCAAACUCUGUGGCUUCUGUGGCAACUAUGACGGGGACGGUAGCAAUGACAACCAGAAGCCCGACGGCAGCCCAGCGCUGGACGAUGAGGAGCUGGGCAACAGCUGGCAGACGGCAGAGGACGAGGACAAGGAGUGCCAGAAGAACCCGACAGUUCCUCCCUCGUGCGAGUCAGGCUGGCAGAACAGUCUGUCGGGACUACAGUUCUGUGGACGGCUCUUGGACACCCGCGGAGCCUUUGAGGCAUGUCUGCCUCACCUCAAGGCCUCCUCGUUCUUCAAGAGCUGCACGUUUGACAUGUGUAAAUUCCAGGGGCUGCAGCCAGUGCUGUGUGCCCAUAUGGCAGCCUUGACUGAGAUCUGCCAGGAUGCUGGCUAUGCCGUGAAGCCUUGGAGGGGACCCCAAUUCUGCCCAAUGACCUGCCCACCCAACAGCACGUACACGCUGUGUGCCAGGGUGUGCCCCGCUACCUGCCAUUCUGGGUUCUCUGGCAUGGCCUGCCAGAACCGGUGUGUGGAGGGCUGUGAGUGCAACCCGGGCUUCGUCCUCAGCGGUCUCCAGUGUGUCCCCCACUCCCAGUGUGGGUGCCUCGAGCCCACAGUGGGCUACUUCAAGGUAGGGGAGCGGUGGUUCAAGCCAGGCUGCAGACAGCUCUGUACCUGUGAGAGCAACAAUAAAAUUCUCUGCACGCAGUGGAGGUGUCAGGCCCAGGAGGUCUGUCGUCAGCAGGAUGGCAUCUAUGGCUGCCAUGCCCUAGGGGCCGCCACCUGCACCGUCUCAGGGGACCCCCACUACCUGACGUUCGACGGAGCCUUGCACCACUUCACGGGCACCUGCAGCUACAUCCUGACCAGGCCUUGCCAAUCUAGGUCCCUAGAGAACUACUUCAUCGUGAGCGCCACCAAUGAGUUUCGCAGUGGGAACUUGGAGGCCUCUUAUGUCAGAUCCGUUCACCUGCACAUCUUCAACCUGAGAAUCUCGCUCAUCAAAGGCCACAAGGUCAUGCUGAAUGGUCGCCGAGUGGCCCUGCCUGUGUGGCCUGCACAAGGCCGGGUGAGCAUAAGGCCUAGCGGUUCCUUUAUCCUCCUCUACACGGACUUUGGGCUUCAAAUUCGCUACGAUGGGAAGCAUCUGGCCGAAGUGACAGUGCCCUCCUCCUAUGCUGGCCGGCUCUGCGGGCUGUGUGGCAACUACAACAACAAUAGCCUGGAUGACAAUCUGCUCCUGGACAAAAGGCCUGUGGCCAGCUCGGAUGGCCUGGGCGUCGCCUGGAAGUUCCCUGAUUACUCUGAAACAGGCUGCUUUGCUAAGGGUCCAAAGCCCUCCAGAUGCCAGGAGAACAGAGGGGCAAACAGCUGGGAAAAGAACUGUGAUGUCUUAAUGGACCCUCAGGGACCCUUCUCUCAGUGCCACGGGGUGGUGCCUCCCCAGUCCAGCUUCGCCAGCUGUGUGUAUGGCCAGUGUGGGACCAAGGGGGACACCCUGACCCUGUGCCGCUCCCUGCAGGCCUAUGCAUCCCUGUGUGCCCAUGCCGGUCGGGCCCCUUCCUGGCGGAAUGGCACCUUCUGCCCUCUGAAGUGCCCGUCCAGCAGCAGCUACAGCCCCUGUGCCAACCCCUGCCCAGCCACCUGCCUCAGCCUGACGGCCCCCAGAGACUGCCCAGCAGCACUGCCCUGUACGGAGGGCUGUGAGUGCCAGAAAGGUCACAUCCUGAGUGGAACCUCCUGUGUGUCCCUCAGCCAGUGCGGCUGCGUCGACCAGGAGGGCUACUACCACCCGGUCGGGGAGAGAUGGUACGCGGACCACACCUGUUCCAGGCUCUGCACCUGCUCCACUCGCAACGCCAUCUCCUGCCAGCAGGCCGCCUGCAAGCCUGGCCAGAUGUGCUGGCCCCUGGAUGGGCUGCUACGCUGCCGGGCUUCAGGUAUGGGAGUGUGCCGUACCUCAAACCACUCUCAGUACCUGAGCUUCGAUGGCACUUACCACACCAUCAGGGACACCUGCACUGGUGUCCUGGUGAAAGUGUGCCACCCCACCAUGGACCUGCCUUUCUUCAAGAUCAGCGUCAAGUAUGGGAAGAAGAGAGGCCAGUCUGCUGUUUCCUACCUCCACCAGGUCAACGUUGACUUCUUUAAUACCCUCAUUACCUUGAUAAAGGACCACCGUGUGCUGAUCAACGGCACACAGGUCACCUUUCCCUUCGCCACCGAGAUCCGAGGGCUCAGAAUCAGUAUUGUUGGCAACAACACCGUACUCUAUUUUAACACCGGGGUGCAGGUCAAGUUUGACGGCAAAGAUUUCUUUGAGGUCCAGCUCCCUGCAGCCUAUUACCAAAAGGUCUGUGGCUUGUGUGGAAACUUCAAUGGUGAGGAAGAGGAUGAGCUCAUGAUGCCCAAUGACGAAUUAGCCCAGAAUGACGCCGAAUUUGUGGAGAGUUGGCAAGAUAAGGAGUCUCACCCAAAUUGCCAAAAAGAGAGCGAGGAGACCCAAGCAAUACAGCUGGAGAAUCUAAAUAUAGGCUGCAGGAGAGAUGACCUAGUGAGAGCCCAGGAACAAUGCCGGGCGGCCUUUCAGACUCCGGCCUGGACUGAGUGUGCCACCUACGUGUUCCUCAAGCCCUUCCUGCUCAAGUGUAUCCACAACCUCUGUCAGUUUGGAGGCCUACGCCAUGCCCUCUGUGGAUCUCUGGAAAACUUCGCAGCCGCCUGCCGGGCCCGGGGGCUCCAGCCCCCAAUCUGGAGAAACAGCAGUUUCUGCCCUCUGGAAUGCCCCAUCCACACCCAGUAUUCGUCCUGCGUUCCCUCCUGCUUACCUUCCUGCGUGGACCCAUCAGGCCAGUGCAGUGACACCCAAGUCCCCACCAUCUGCAAGGAGGGCUGCAUUUGUCAGUCCGGCUUCGUGCUCAGUGGGAAAGAGUGUGUACCCAGGAGUCAGUGUGGCGGCUGCACAGACGACUAUGGCAGCUCCUUCCCUGAGGGUAAGACCUGGAUCACCAUUCGCUGCACCAGAAGGUGUGCCUGCACUUCGGGAACCGUUCACUGCCAGCAGUUCAGCUGCCCCUCUGGCUCCCAUUGUGAGCCCCAAUCUGACGGCACGGGCACCUGUGACGUUAACACAUCAGAGCAAUGCUCAGUUUACGGGGACCCCCAUUACCGUACAUUUGAUGGCCUCAGCUACCUCUUCCGGGGCCGCAUGACUUACACUCUGAUAAAGACGGUGGACGCGCUCCCCACUGGGGUGGCGCCUCUGAUCGUCGAGGGGCGCAACAAAGUGUAUUUGCCCUGGAGCCCCGUCUACCUGCACGAAAUCAUUGUGGUGAUCUAUGGCUACACAGUCCAGCUCCGGGCUCAUCUGGAGCUCGUGGUCAACAACCAGAAGGUGGACAUCCCUUACCAGCCCGAUGACCGUCUGCGGGUUAACCUGCGAGGCCAUCGCCUGUUUCUGAUCACUGACUUCGAGAUGCUUGUCAGCUUCGACGGAGGCAAAAAUGCAGUGAUCACGCUGCCCAACAAGUACAAGGGGCUCGUGCGUGGCCUGUGCGGUAACUUUGAUGGGAACAAGAGGAAUGACUUCGUGCUGCCCAAUGGCACCAUCACCCAAGACCUCAUCGGCUUUGGCAACAGUUGGGAGGUACACAGGAUCAGUGGCGGCCUCGCCCGCUUCGCAAGGGCCAUACCGGAGGAGGAAGAGGAGGAAGGGGAGGAGUCAGGCUCCGACACUUCGGAAUGCACCCCGGAGCGGCUGGCGCUCAUCAACAGCACCCAGGCGUGUAGGGUGCUGGUGGACCCCCAGGGCCCCUUUGCUGCCUGUCACCAGACUGUGGCCCCCGAGCCCUUCCAGGAGCACUGUGUGUUUGAUCUGUGUACCGCCCGGACCCCCAAAGAGCGGGAGGAACUUCGCUGCCAGGUCCUCAGCGGCUACGCCAUCAUCUGCCAGGAGGCGGGAGCCACCCCGGCUGGCUGGCGGGACCUCACCGGCUGUGCCUUGGCGUGUCCGGCCAACACCGUCUAUCAGAGCUGUAUGACACCCUGCCCAGCCUCCUGUGCCAACCUGGCAGCCCCUAGGGACUGCAAGGGACCCUGUGUGGAAGGCUGUGCCAGCCUCCCAGGCUACAUCUACAGUGGUGCCCGGAGCCUCCCCGUGGCCCACUGUGGCUGCACCAGCAACGGCAUCUACUACCAGCGGGGUGACAGCUAUGUGACAGAGGAUUGCUCUCGGCGCUGCACCUGCGCCAGCUCGGGGGUGCUGCUCUGUGAGCCCCUCCGCUGUCGUGCCGGGGAGAUCUGCACCCUGGGGAACCUCACUCGUGGCUGCUUCCGAGAAAGCCCAUGUCUACGGAACCCCUGUCAAAAUGAUGGACGGUGCCAGGAGCAGGGAACCCACUUUACCUGUGAGUGUGAACUCGGUUAUGGGGGGCACCUCUGCACAGAGCCCCAGGAUGUGCCACCCCCUGGAAAACCAGAAGCAUCCAGCUUUGUGGCCAUCCUGUUGGGGAUGCUCGUGCCUGUGGUGGUCAUAGUGCCGGCAGUGACCUGGGAAUGUGUUUCCAGGAAGAGGAGGAGGAGGAGGGAGAAAACGCAGAGCCAGGACAGAGAACAGGCUGGCCGAUGCUGGUGAGAACCAUCCCAGCCCCACAAAACCUUGGCGACUGGGAGCUGAGUCUGCCUCUAACGCGGGGUUUUCUUGCU